AUGUCAGCGGAACAGGACAAGGAGCCCAUCGCGCUAAAGAGAGUUCGAGGUAACGGAGCAGGUGGACAUGGACUGGGUUAGGAGGACCCAAAUAUACAACUAGGAAGCCCAGAUAAGAAAAAAACGCAAGGGCAACUAUUUUCCUUUGCCUUCUCUUUCCAGGGACCUUCCUUUCCUCCAUUGUCUGAGUAUGCACCACCACCCAAUCCAAACUCCGACCAUCUAGUGGCCGCCAACCCCUUCGAUGACAACUAUAACACCAUUUCCUAUAAACCACUGCCUUCGUCCAAUCCCUACUUAACCCCUGGUUAUCCCGGCUUUGGAGGCUACAGCACAUUCAGAAUGCCUCCCCACGUCCCCCCAAGAAUGUCUUCCCCCUACUGUGGUCCUUACUCACUCAGGAAUCAACCACAUCCAUUUCCUCAGAAUCCCUUGGCAUGGGCUUUAACGGCCGCAUGCUUUAACUUCGGGCCACAUGAUAAUCGGAGUUUCGGAAACCCACCUUACAAUAACGUGCUGACUCAGGACAUGAACAUGCCUGGUCAGCAUUUUAGACAGAGCUCUGCCGAGAACUUCAGUCAGAUUCCCCCCCAGAAUCCUGGCCAAGUAUCUAACCCUGACCUGGCAUCUAAUUUUGUCCCUGGAAAUAAUUCAAAUUUUACCUCUCCGUUAGAACCUAAUCAUUCUUUUAUUCCACCCCCAAACGCGUUUGGUCAAGCGAAAGCGCCACCUCCCAAACAAGACUUCCCCAAGGGGCGGACUAAAACCACGAAUCAAAAUUCCUCCGCUCACCCACCUCACUUAAAUAUGGAGGGAUACAGUCAAUCAGAGUAACGCUGAUAAUUAAAAAAUGUCAACAGAAACAAUGCCGUGCAAGAGAACAGCCGUUCGGGUAGUGCAGAGGGCAACAACAGCACGCCAAAUGGGACCAGACAAGCCUCGGCAAGCCCAGGGGCUCAGGCGACCUGUGCACCAACCGACAAAAGCCGCAAGUUCUCGCUGCACCCAAGCCGCCAUGGCCAUUCGUUCUUCCGACCGGUGUACCCGUGUGGGAUUUGUACUAAUGAAGUGAAUGACGAUCAGGACGCCAUCCUGUGUGAGGCCUCUUGUCAGAAAUGGUUUCAUCGCAUCUGCACUGGAAUGACGGAGACAGCCUACGGGCUCCUGACGGCUGAGGCCUCGGCAGUGUGGGGCUGCGAUACGUGCAUGGCUGACAAGGAUGUCCAGCUCAUGCGCACUAGAGAAGCCUUUGGUCCACCCGCUGUGGGUGGCGAUGCCUAA